UUUAAGUGGGAGAACUUGCACAAUUGGUUGCUGACUAAAUACUUUUUUGCCCCACUGUAUAUCCAAGUCAAGGGCAGCAAGAUGUUCCUAAUCAAGACAAUGAUGCCUAACCCACUGGCUGGUUUGAAUCCUAUGCGUGGAGGAGAGGAGGAUGUGGAGGCGGCACCUGCCGACCCAGCCAAAGCAGCAGGGAUGACACGCGAAGAGAAUGAGGAGAACCAAAAACAGUUGGUGGAGGAUAAGAUGGAGAGAGAAGCAGACUUCUUACACAAGAAGGCUGAGCGGGCAACUCUGAGGGUGUGCCUAAGAGACAAGUACAGGCUCCCAAAGGUGAGAGCCUAUUCCCUGCCACCAUACAACCUUAUGUAG